ACACAUUAUUCCGCCUUCUUUCUCUUUUCAAUCUCCUUCUUCCAGAUGUGUGUACGAAAAUACUUUCGUAUUGACAACGUAAAAGUCAUGUGGGACGAUCGAUGAAACACGGGAAAAACUGUUUCAAACUGCGAGGCUCGCUCACACACGGCUACCAUAUCAAUCGAUUCACCAGCGUUCCACGCGAACAAUCAGGUGUGGGAGUACACUCUUGUACCGCCGCACCUGGCCGCCGCGUUUGUUUGUUUGUAGUAACGGGGAUCGCGACGUCGUCGGCCGUAAGCCGCCCGACGAAUCAGCGCGGCGGCAUUCGCACAGAAUCGAAGGAUAAAAAUGACAUCGACGAAGACGGUAACGAUGACAGAAUCGCGUUCGGCGAAGCACGCAGUUAUUAGCAUCGAGAGAGUGAUGAAUCGAUCCGCAAGUGGAGCGCACGCGAUGUUCUCUUUCGAGCGAGCAUAAUCGCUGAGCCAACUCAACUCAUUUUCCAUUCCGCAAGCACACAGUCGAUGAAAAGAUGGCCUCAAAGGGCAGGAUGCUAAAGAGAUCGCGGCAUGUGUCGUCUUUCCUGGAAGACUCGAUGGAGAACACGACGCCGUCGAAGGCAACGAUGAACGUCGUCGUGGACAUUCACCACGAAGCCAGCCGCUCGCAAGGAGACAACGAGAAUGUCCCCGUAGUCCCCGAAUCCUCCGACGAAAAGGCAGUUAAGCGAUCUGACAGCUUCAAAAGCUCGUCGAAGCGAGCGAGUGAGGUGCCCGGUGACCGUCAUGUCGUCGUAACGAGGACUCGUCUCGACGAGACACGUGACCGUGUGACAUUGGAAUCGUUCGAUCUAAUCGAAGAGAUCGGGACGCCCGGGAAGAACUCCAGGACACCGGAGCUCGAGCCUUUCCCCGAGGUUAAGCCACGCCGGAGGAAACAGUGGAGCACUGUGAACGCCGCGAGUGAGACGGAGGACAACUCGAAGAGGCAACCGCGUAAACGCUGGUCCAAGGACACUAGCGUGAUCCGGCUACCUGAAACGCGCGACGUGUCACCGUUGACCGGCGGCGACGAGGAUCAGCGUAAGCCGAUUCCGGCGCCGCGGUCUAGCGUGCGACGGAAUGCCUUCUUCUUCGACAACCCAGCGUUCGUGUCGGAGAACGAGGAAGUCCUCAGGAUCGAGACCGAUCACCGACGGGAGAGCACGAAGAUCGAAAUGAGGAGGAUGAGCGACCGCUCGUCGAAGAUUGAGGACAUCGAGGAGGUGCGGACGAGCGGCGGCACGUCCAGCGACUCCCUGAAGAAGAGCGCUCAAGGGGCGAGCGCGAGGAGCAGACGUGAACGUCUCACGGACAGCGACGCUCGUUCCGCGAGGACCAGUAGGUCCUCGAAAAGCAGGAAUAACAGCUCCGACGAGGUGAAUUCGACGUCGAGCCUGGGGAAGGUCACUGAUAUUCAAUCGAGCUCGACCACUUACAAGGAGACGUCCACGUCCACGAGCGACAAGCAACAACCGGAAGCAACUCAGGAUCGAUCGCUGAGGAAAAGGGAGCGAUCCUUGUUGAGGAAGAAGGACGUUCUUACGAAUGACGACAAGGCCAGCUCGUCCGCGAAGGAUGCGCGAUCCAAUGCUGACGCUGAAACGGACACGAGAGUCCGGAAGAAGAAGAGGAAGAAGCGGCGACAAGGAAAAGAGGAUAAGCAGGACAAGGAAAAGGACGACAAGCGCGAAGACGCGGAGAUCAGGUACAUUUCAGUGACGGUGCACAGGACAGACCUGCUUGAGGUGGAUUACGCGAAGGUUAAACGACCGAUGGUGAAGGUGCACAUCGUGAACGCACACACGGGCAGUUAUCUGAAGUGUGGUGCAGACAACAGCGAGAACACGAGCGUGUCCUUGCAGCCGAUGAUCACCGGCAAGUUCGACUUCAAAGAGAACCGGUCGAUGAUACCGGUCUGGGAGGAGGAGCUCAUCUUCGAGCACGAUUUCAACGCGAUCACGAGACGCGACGAGGACAGCCAGGUGGUGAUCCUCUUUGAGGUGAUAGAUCCGCUGAGUUUCGCCGAGGCAAGCUUCAGUUACGACAGAUUCGGUAGCGAAGGAUGCUGGCACAAGAUAGCCUGGGCGUUUCUCAAGCCGUUAGGAUGUAAUGACACUCUUCACACGGACAAGAAAGUACGAUUGCAGCUUUACAAGCCCAGGCGAAGUUUUAAGAAAUACGACAGGCGCAGCUGCGAGGUAUACACAUGGUGGCAGUCGAACAAUAGAUGCAAAUACCCCAGCAGUCUCUUUGUGACGGUAACUUCCGUGUCACCCCCGAAGAUCAAACCAGUGCUGUAUCAGCAAUUAACGAUGAAACAUGUCCCUGACACGUGGAGCGAAUCGCAGGAACGCUCAAAUACGCGCAUCUCGACUGCCGUCAGUUUGCCGAAAUGGGCGCGCUUGGCCGCCCAGUCGUGCAAAAUUCCGAACGAGAGGGUGUUUGAGACGGAAGCGAGCGAAAACGGAUGUUUCUAUGUGGCGUUCAGCAGCGACGGCAAGUAUUUGGCUUGCGUCCAUUCCGAGGAGUACUCUUAUCCCAUUGUCGUUUACGAGGUCGAAUCCGGCAAGACCCACGUGCGAUUUUCCGGCCACAAGACUUUCGUCUAUUCUCUAAGUUGGUCUAGCGACGAUCGCUGCUUGUUGUCGGCGUCCGCGGAUCAAACAGCGCGUAUCUGGGAUGUUCGCAAUCGGACUGUACAAUAUGUCGAGAUGCUUCCGCAUCCCACGUAUGUGUACUGCGCCAAGUAUGGACCCAGCAAUACGACGAUCGUAGCGACAGGGUGUUACGAUCGUGUAGCGCGCGUCUGGGCGUACGACAAGCGGUCGCGGAAACGGGUGCUCUGUCAGGAGUUGGAAGGUCACGAAGGCUUCGUCAACUCCAUGGUAUUUUACAAGAACGGUGAUUUGAUCACGGCUGACAGCGUGGGUGCGAUAAUCGUUUGGUCGGCGCGGAGAAACAGCAAGAUGCCGUCGAAACGGGAGUGGUGCAUCGCGAGGAAAAUAAAAGUUCGCGAGAUCGAAGGAGUGGUCAUCAACACGAUCGCCUUGCACCCCCUUGAGUCCAGGCUUUUGGUGCACUCGAGGAACAGCGGCUUGCGAACGUUGGACCUCGCGACCUGCGUGGUUCUGCAGAGAUACGACGGGCUAAACAAUCAAAGGAUUCAGACAAAAGCGUGCAUCUCCCCAUGCGGCAGUCUAGUUUUGUGCGGCGGCGAGGACUCCGUGCUAAACGUCUGGCAUUUGGAAACGAGCGAACAUCUCGCGAAAUAUACGAGCGAGCGUGACUACCGAGCGGUCACUUGUGUGGAUUACCACCCGUAUGACCACGUGCUAGCGUAUUCUGGUUUCGGAGGUCCAACGGCGGUGCGAGUGUUGAGAUUUAAUAAAAAUACGAGCAACAAAGACAUUGGUCUGACGAUAAUAUCUGAAGCGGGACGAAUAUCCAAGGACGGGAACAAUACAACCAUACACCCAUACAGGGAUUAUAUAUCCAGAUAUAUACGUAGACCUUGGUCAUCGAGCAUUUAUAGCGAACAAUCGCGUGCUUUGCUCGCACAAUUAGAUUUUCCCGAUACGAUUGCUAGGAGUAUACCGGCAACCGCACCGAUAUUGCACGAUAUGCGGCAGGUCAGAAGAGAACUAGAUUAUCGUACGCUGUAUCUAAUAGAAAUGAUGGCAGAAACACCACCAAGGCGCAAGUUGAGACAAUUCAAUUUGCGAAGACCUCGCAAUCCUGAGCCGCCUCGGCACAUAAACUACGAUCACAAUUGCGACACGACUAUGGACACCGAGGAUGGAUCGAACUUGAAUGUGUCACCAACGGGCAGGAACGGGCAGCAGAAAUUCAUCUUCCCUGACAUCGCGCGUCUUAGGCUCGACGACAAUCACGAUGUGCACUCGACUAACCGAGAACAUGAUCUCCCGUUACAUUUACGCCGGGACGUGACUCACGCAAUUAGCGAGACAAGCGGAUCGGAGACAUCGCGCGAAAGACUCAGCGCACGGAACAGACUCGAUACAUGUGCCACGAGGGCUACGGGCUACACGGAGGAUGUCGAGACGGGACGGGUGCAUCGAUUUGCAGACACUAUUGCAAUCGAUAUGGAAGAAGACGUACAAAACUCGUACGCUGUCGAGCGGGCUCCCAGGAGCGAGAGCUCGCCAGAUAACAGCGGCGGCACUUUUGUUAUAAGCAGGAAAUAAGUGAAAUUAUAUGCAUGUUGCAUAUAACAUAUGAUAAUGUACGAUACAAUUGUAAAUGUACAUUGCGCAAAAUAAAAAUUGGAUUUGUUUGUUUCUGAGAAAUAUCAUUCAUA